CGUUUCAACCACUUCUCCUUCGUCAAUCCACACUCUCCACCAUUGUUUUAAGAGAGAGAGAAAGAAAAAGAGUUGUAUGUGAGGAUGAGACUUUUCCAUGGAGCAAGAAGCAGCAGAAACCAAGAAAAAGGCUUCUGCUACAGAUAUUUCAAAUGGAUUCUCUGGUUUUCCAUCUCUUUCUACUUCUUCUCCUCUUUCCUAAUCACCCGCCACAAGCCCACUUCCUCCAUUUCAAGAACCACCGUCUCCCAAAACAAAGCCUCCCGCGCUCUCAUCGAAGAACCAUUCAACAAAAAUACCCACGGUAAAUGGCCUCUCAACGGAAUGAAAGUCUACGUCUACGAACUGCCGCCGAAAUUCAACUCCGACUGGCUAGCAAACGAGCGGUGCAGCAACCAUUUAUUCGCGGCGGAGGUGGCCAUCCACCGGGCCUUGUUGAGCAGUGACAUUCGGACGUUCGAGCCGUGGGAGGCCGAUUUCUUCUUCGUCCCCGUCUACGUCUCCUGCAACUUCAGCACCGUCAAUGGCUUCCCCGCCAUCGGCCACGCCCGCUCCCUCAUCUCCGCCGCCAUUGAUCUUGUUUCUUUUCAGCUCCCCUUUUGGAACCGCAGCCGCGGCGCCGACCAUGUUUUCGUUGCGUCUCAUGAUUUCGGCUCUUGCUUUCACACAUUGGAGGAUGUUGCGAUUGCGGAUGGAGUGCCGAAAUUCUUGAAAAAUUCAAUCGUUUUGCAGACUUUUGGAGUGAAAUAUAAGCAUCCAUGUCAGGAUGUGGAGCAUGUAGUGAUUCCACCGUACAUAUCACCGGAAAGUGUACGGUCAACGCUGGACUCGUCGCCGUUGACCAGUCGCCGCGACAUCUUCGCGUUUUUCAGGGGUAAAAUGGAACUUAACCCCAAGAAUGUCAGCGGCCGUUUCUACAGCAAGAAAGUCCGGACUGAAAUAUGGAUGAGAUACGGCGGCGACCGGCGCUUCUACCUACGGAGGCAGCGUUUCGCCGGCUACCAGUCGGAGAUCGUGCGGUCAAAGUUUUGCCUGUGUCCGUUGGGGUGGGCCCCGUGGAGCCCGAGGCUGGUGGAGUCGGUGGCGCUGGGGUGCGUUCCGGUCAUCAUCGCCGACGGCAUCCAGCUGCCCUUCCCGGCCACCGUGCCGUGGGGGGAUAUAUCUCUGACCGUGGCGGAGGGUGACGUGGACACGCUCGGGGAGGUCCUCGAGCACGUUGCGGCGACUAACCUGACUGCGAUUCAAAGGAACCUGUGGGACCCGGCGGUUAGGAGGGCCCUACUGUUCAAUGUUCCAAUUCUGGAGGGCGACGCCACGUGGCGGGUGAUGGAGUCCCUCUCCGUGAGGCUCGGUAGGUCCCACAGGAGGUCAAGGAUUUCUACGCAAUGAGUUAUAGGCUGACAUGGCUAGUGGCUAUUGGGUGAGGCGGGAAUGCUUGUUUACGAGGUUGAUGUAUGUGACAGCUGGAAUCUAUUGGAUUGCUGGGGAUAAAUAUGAUGUAAUUUCUGGCAUUAAUAUGCUGGUGGGACCCGGCAAUGGGCGGUGAUGUGGCGAGAUUUUAUUGGGUUGAUAUUGCGGUAGGGGCGGACCACGUUGUACAGAGAAGUACGCACAAUCUAUUGAUUUUGCAUAAAAGGGAAAAGAAUAAAUAUUUUAGAAUAAUCGUUUAUAUUGGAAUAGACUUUAGAUGGUGUAUCGAAAUGAUGAGACCCAAACCUGUUACCUUAUCUAGGAGGAUGUUAUGCAAUUCAAUAAUACUUAAAAUUCUUUUAA